AUGACUGCUCCGCUAUCCCAAAGCUCCAAAAACGACAUCACCGCCGAGAGAAUCGCAUGCCACCUCAAUUCUGAACCCAACCUCCCAGGCGCCGAAGAUCUUGACGUGGAUUUGAUGACCAAGUGGAUCAUCGCCCUCAAGCCCGGUCUCCGUUCCAAGGAAAUCAAGCGUCUUGCUCCCAAAGUUCUUGACGAACUGCGUGCUAUGGAUGGACUCACUGCCGAAGAUGCUGCUAGACACCAGCAACGCCACACCAUCAAGCGUGAUGAACCUGUCCUGGUGUAUACCUGGGGCAGCGGUGGUGCCCAGGAGGUCAAGCUCGAAACAAGCCCUGGUUCUAAGAAGACUUCCGAUCACCAGCGCAGUGCCUGUGAGGUAGUUGGCAAGAAGAGAAUCGCCAAGCAAGACGAAAAAGAAGCGCUCGAGGACAUGGAAGACGAUGAGAAGGCUGGCGGCGUCAAGCUCAACGAUAUGUCGAACGAAGCAGAUGGAGAGCAGGCUACGGUCGAUGCAGCAGCUGCAAAGAAGAAGGCAGCCAAGAAGGCAGCCAAGAAGGCCAGAAAACUUGCACGCAAUCUUGAGAAUGCAAAGCCGCCUAUGGGCAAGAAGGAGGAGGACAGCGAGGAUGACGGAAAUGACUCUGAUUGGACUCAGACCAGCUGGGCUCCUUCUUGGGCUUCGGACUCGGAGAGAGACGAGAAGUGA